CUGAAGUUGUUCUCGUUGUUAGAUGUCCGCAUCCUACGUCACCAUAAACGAAUCAUUUAACAGACAGAUUUAGUUGUGACGUAUAUAACUAAUAACUAUAGUUUUAUGUUGCUAGGCGACGCAUCAAUUAUUCUGUGGUUAUGGUGACAUAUAUAACGUCAUAAACGUCUAACGCACUUUCGUUCAAACAGACAAGAAAAAUAUCAAAAUGGCGGCGUUUUUAAUGGGAAGAAGGGCGAUUUUAUCCCUUGGAGGUGCUGGGUCAUUAGGAUAUCUUGCAUACCGUGCCGACAAAGAGAGGGUACAAGCGCGCCUAGGAACGACUAAUAUUCAUUUGAAGUACCCAGCUUCUGCAAAUUUCCCUGAACUCAGCCAACACAACAACACAAUGGCAAAAUGUCUUACCCCUGCCAUUUAUGCUAAAUUGAGGGAUAAGGCUACUCCUAAUGGUUGGACUCUCGAUCAAUGUAUUCAAACAGGCGUUGACAAUCCUGGUCACCCCUUCAUUAAAACCGUUGGAAUUGUUGCUGGUGACGAAGAAUCAUACGAUACAUUUGCGGAUCUUUUCGACCCAAUCAUCGAAGAUCGACAUGGUGGAUACACGAAAGAUCAAAUUCACCCUACAGAUCUCGAUGCAUCGAAAAUACGUGGAGGCAAUUUUGAUGAAAAGUACGUCUUGUCAUCACGUGUACGUACGGGUCGUUGUAUACGAGGUCUGAGCCUUCCACCUGCUACUUCAAGAGCUGAAAGACGUGAGGUCGAACGAGUUUGUAUCGAUGCACUCGGCUCUCUAGACGGACAAUUCAAAGGUCAAUAUUAUUCCCUUAGCAAUAUGACCGACGAGGAGCAAGAAAAGCUGAUCAAUGACCAUUUCCUCUUUGAUAAACCAGUCUCUCCGUUGCUCACGUGUGCAGGUAUGGCAAGGGAUUGGCCCGAUGGUCGUGGUAUUUGGCAUAACACAAACAAAAAUUUCUUAGUAUGGGUAAACGAAGAGGAUCAUACGCGUGUUAUCUCUAUGGAAAAGGGAGGAAAUAUGCGUGCAGUUUUCCAACGAUUUUGUGAUGGACUUAAUAAAGUAGAAGGAAGCAUUAAGCGAAAAGGAUGGGAGUUCAUGCAUAGUGAUCAUCUAGGGUACAUCUUGACAUGCCCUAGUAACCUCGGUACUGGCCUGAGAGCUGGUGUUCACGUCAAGCUUCCAAAUGUAGGCAAGGAUCCUCGCUUUGACGAAAUCCUGGAUUGCAUGAAGCUACAGAAACGCGGUACCGGUGGUGUCGACACCCAAUCCACAAAUGGUAUAUUUGAUAUUUCAAACUCCGACAGACUUGGAGUGAGUGAAGUUGAGCUAUGCCAGUUAGUAAUAGAUGGCGUGAAUACCCUGGUCCAGAUGGAACAGCGGCUAGAAAAGCGCAAGUCCAUCGAUGAUCUACUUCCGGCUAGUAUGCGUCCACAACGCAGAGGACGAUUUUCAUAAACAUUAAAUUCAAAUUCAAAUUCUAAACGCAGUAAAAUACCAACAAUCGAAACUAAAAGAAGACGAAAUGACUUUUAAAGUUUUACAAACUGAGUGCAGUAUUAUCAGAUUAUCAGUAUAUUUAUUCUAUUUAUUUAUAACGUAAGACUGCUAUCGUUUGCAAAAGUAUCAAGGAAAAUUAGUAAGCCUAAUAAAAUGAUAUAAUCAAUCAAGUUGCAUUAUUCUGUUUUACUGAUUUUAGGCAGAACUUGAUAGUUUAGGCUUUCAGACUAUGAAUAUUUGCAGAUUCAGAAAAUCUAACCAAGAGCAAAUACACCAAAAGUAAAUUGACAUGAUCAUGUCUGAUACCUCCAUUUUGUUUUCGCAAAUACAAUUGAAUUUGAAAAAGUUAGACAAUUUGAUUUUCUAUGUUAAGAUAGUUUUUUGUGAAUCUUUUACUGAAUAGAUAUCCUGAAAUCUGAAGGCAAGAUCAUGAUUUUUUAAAUAUUACAUUU